AGGUUCAUGUUGGGGAGAGGCCUAAAACGCAAGCUGAGUGACUAUGAGGAGAACGUGGCUGGUCUCUCAAGUGCCUUUGAUUCCAGUCGAAAUCUGCCCUAUCCACUUAAGAGGCAGUUAGUGCUGAAUAUGUGCCUCACUAAACUACAAACUUACAAAAUGCUGGUGGAACCAAACUUACACCGUUCUGUGCUCAUAGCCAACACAGUAAGGCAAAUUCAGGAGGAAAUGAGACAAGAGAGUAGCCAGCAGCCAAUUAAUGUAUGCAAUGGCACUCCCAAUCCUCACAGCUACCCAGGAAUUGAUUCAUCUGGAAUUUCUUUACAUUUGCCUUCAGGUAGUAACCAGCAAGAGUCUAACUGUUGUAACUCGUGGUCCUCAGAAGGCCCAAUUGAAAAUAGCCUGCUGAUGGUUUCAGAUGAUGACAUGUCAUCUGCCAUUUCAUCUAUUCUGAAGGAUUUGGACUUCAUGGAAGAUAUAAGUCCACCUACUUCUUUGGUUCCAGCUGGAGAUGAUGAGCCGAAGUCUCCAGAAAACACAUGUCUAAAACUAGAAGAUGAUAGACAAGAUUUGAAGGGAGCAGAAUGUGUAUUUGGUUCCUUUGAAAUUUCGAAUUCAACCAGUUACUUAAAAGAUUUGGCUAUAGAUGACAUCUUUGAGGAUAUUGACACUUCAAUGUAUGAUUCAGACUUCUGCUCUCCCCCACUAAUGGCACCUAGACCACCUUCUGCUGCUACAGAAGAAACAUUGAAAAGCUUCCCAUCUUGCAAUUCUUCCUCAGCAAACAAUAUUCCAAUAUGUAGAACAGAUUUGAGUGAGUUGGACCAUAUCAUGGAAAUUCUUGUUGGAUCUUGAUAUUUAUUUUUUUUUAACCAAAGAUACUUUCCGUACUGCCACUUAACAUUGGUUUGAGGAUAAAGCCACUGGCUGGGAAAGCUGCAAGGAAUUUCUUUUAAAACAGAACACAAUUGUCCACAAGUAGUUCUUAAAAUGUCUCAGUUAAAAUCAAAAAAAAGUGGCAGUUUUUAAAAUGAAAUUAUUUAUUUGAGAAAUUGUGCAAUCAUCUUUUU